AUGCAAAUAUGUGCCUCGCGGCGGAGCGGUCCUCGGGGAUGUGGUGUACAAGGCUCGUGUUCGGAGGAUGACGAUACUGAGCCCCGAGAUCCAGCCCCCCUUGAUGAUGGACCGCAGGUUGUGUCUUUGGACCGUUCUUGGAAGUGGUCCUCGGCCAAACGAUCGCCCUCACCGAGUAAGGUAAUGGAUCUUGAUGAUACUUAUGGUGCUGGCCCACUGGUAGUUCCUUCUCCUUGUUUAAAAGAUUUUGAAUAUCUUGAGCCUAUUGAUCUUAUGAGUGAGGAUCGUGUAUCAUCGUUUGAGGAUCGUAUGUGUGAUCGUGAAGUUGAGAUGGAUGAUAUGAUUAUCCCGCCUCCUAGUUUGGAACCGGUGGAGGCUAGUACUGUUGUCAAACCUGUUGAACGUUUGGAGUUUGAUGCGUGGACACUCUCUAGCCUUGAACAAUAUGCGUCUGGAUCUUAAGCAGGGUUUUGUCGACUUGUCGG